AGUGUGGAGGGGAGGCAGGGUAGCCCCCGCGGCGCCGCUCCGCUCGAAAUCCCCAAAAAGGCAAGAUCAAAUCAAAUCAGAUCUCUCCACCCCCAGCCCAUCCAUGGCGAUCGUGUACGCCCUGGUCGCGCGGGGCACGGUGGUGCUGGCCGAGUUCGCCGCCGUCUCGGGCAACGCCGGCGCCGUGGCCCGUCGGAUCCUCGAGAAGCUGCCGCCCGACGCCGAGUCCAGGCUGUGCUUCGCGCAGGACCGGUACAUCUUCCACGUCCUCCGAUCCGACGCCGCCGGCAUCACCUUCCUCUGUAUGGCCAACGACACCUUCGGAAGAAGGAUCCCCUUUCUCUACCUGGAGGACAUCCAAAUGAGGUUCAUGAAAAACUACGGCAGAGUCGCCCACUCUGCGCUGGCUUACGCCAUGAACGAUGAGUUCUCCAGAGUGCUCCAUCAGCAAAUGGAGUUCUUCUCCAGCAACCCAAGCGCCGACACACUCAACCGUCUCCGUGGAGAAGUCAGCGAGAUACACACCGUCAUGGUCGACAACAUAGAGAAAAUUCUUGACAGAGGCGAUCGCAUCUCGCUCCUUGUCGACAAGACAUCCACCAUGCAAGACAGCGCCUUUCACUUCCGCAAGCAAUCCAAGAGGCUCCGUAGAGCUCUUUGGAUGAAGAAUGCCAAGCUUCUAGUUGUGUUGACAGUUGUCAUAGUAGUGCUGCUCUACUUGAUCAUUUCUGCUUUCUGUGGAGGCCUUUCCUUGUCAUCAUGCAGAUCAUGAGUAACACACCAGAUGGCUUUGCCCCUCCCUUAAAUGGAGGGUAGAACACCAUGGAAUGAUGCCUGCUGUGUUGAGCACCGGAGCUUCCGGAGGCAAAAAAAAAAGGAGAUCGAUGGAUACCACUGUGGUUUCCAGUAACUUGGAUCAGUUUGUACAGUGGACGAGUGGAGUUGGCCGUUGCUGUUUUUGAUGUCGCCAUGGUUGUGGGUGAACUCAAACCUUAAAUCGUGGUGUGCUUAGCAUCUUUCUUGGCGUGUCAAACUGUCGUUGUGACUUGUGAGGGAUGGGACUAGUGAGUUGGGUUUUGUAGAGUUACUUGGUUAUCAAUGUGCAGACAUAUAUGUAUGCCGCGAUGAGUGUUAGUACAUGCCUACUAUGGUUAUCGGUGU